AUGGGCAUAGUUAGUAACCUGGUCACGCCCAAAACCGACCGCAAUGUGGAAGAGGCUUGUCAAGAGCCCCAAGAAGCGCUCUCAAAAACUGUCAAGACCACCCGCCGACGACGCCGUUGGGCCGACCUCAUCGCUAACCUGUUCCGCAGCAGGGCCCCGGAUCCUAGCAUCGCCAAGGGCGAUGCGGUGAAGGGAUGGGACCAUGUUGGGGCCAAACGGCGGAAACAGGAAACUGUGGAUUCGCCCGCCAUCGACACCGUCCUAGAGAUCCCAGAGCAUGACCUCCGGGAACUUUCCGACGCGCUAGGGAAGUCUCGGCCCUCAGGGGAUGUCCCCUUUCAGAUUAACGAGGAGCUGGAGGGCAAGCUGGCGUCAUAUGCUCAGGAGAAGAUGAAGACAUACGACUCCAUGCGCCAACAAGGCACUCGCUACGAGGGCUCUCUGGGAUUUGACUUCGACUGCACCGAGAGCGCAAAAGAAUUUGAAAUUCGGGCCAAUGGGAUGUUGCAGCAUCUUAAGAAAAACGAUAUUGCUCGCUUCUACGAAACAGCGCCCAAGAAACGUGGCUACCGCGGUCAGGAGCACCCCCGCUUCUACGGCGACCACUUCCUCUCCAAUGCCGACUUGAUAGAGCAGACGCAGCUCUUUGCCUUGUGCCGGGCCAUGCCCAAGGGCGCUCAUCUUCACAUCCACUUCAACGCCAACCUGCUCCCCAGCGUUCUACUCGGCAUUGCCAAGGACAUGGAGCGCAUGUUCAUCUGGAGCAACAUUGCUCUCGACCAGCCCGAGGCUUACGAUCUCUGUAGGAUACAGUUUAGUAUCAUGAGCGAGAAAGCCGUGGAGGAAAAGGGGAAGGGCAACCCGUUCGCCGAAAACUACAAGUGCGGGACCGUGAUGCAAUUUCAGGAGUUCAGGGAAGCGUACCCAGGAGGGCAAGAGGCGGCCGAUCAAUUUUUGCAGCAGAAGCUGGUCUUCCACGAGGAAGAAGCUCACAACCUGCUUCAGACACAAGAAGGCACAUGGGAGAAGUUCAAUGCCCGGACGCAAAUGAUGAAGGGGUUAUUCAACUACAAGACCGCCUACCGGAAGUAUACACGGCAGUGUCUCCUCGAAUUUGUUGCCGACAACAUCCAGUACGCCGAAAUUCGACCCAACUUCAUGUCCUCGAACCAAGUGUGGGAGGACGACGGCUCCCGCCGUGUCGACAAUGUCGGCAUCAUGGACCUGAUCAUUGACGAGUACGAGGCCUUCCAAAAAGACCACAAUCGGCGGGUCCUUAAGGGGCUCAAGGUCAUCUAUUGCACACCACGUUCCUUUAGCGAGGAACAAGUUGGGGAAGCCCUCACGCAAUGUUUCCAGUUCAAGAUGCAUAAGAAGUUCUCACCCUACAUUGCCGGCGAGUUUCCCCAGAAACGCAAACAACCGAGCAAAGGCAAGCCCCUCAAAGCCUUCGCGCAGCAAUUCCUUCGGUUCCAAGCCCUCUGCAAGGCCGCAGAGGUCGAGAUCCCCUUCCUCCUGCACUGCGGCGAGACGCUCGACAUCGGCACCGACACCGACGGCAAUCUGCUCGACGCCCUGCUGCUCGGCGCGAAGCGCAUCGGCCACGGCUUCGCCUUGCCGCGCCAUCCCUACGUCAUGAGCCGGAUGAAGCAGCGCGGUGUCUGCGUCGAGGUCUGCCCCAUCUCCAACGAGAUCUUGGGCUUGACCCCCAGGAUGAGUGGCCAUGCCGUGUACAGCUUGCUGGCGAAUAACGUGCCGUGCACGAUUAGCGCGGAUAAUGGGACGCUGUUCAGAUCCCGCCUCUCGCACGACUUCUACCAAGUCAUAGCCGGCAAGUCUGACAUGACGCUGCACGGCCUGCGCCAGCUGGUCGAGUGGAGCAUCGCCCACUCGUGCAUGGAGCCCGAGCUGAUGAAGGAGGUGCGCGAGAGCUGGGAGAAGAUGUGGGAUGACUUUUGCCAGCGCAUCGUUGAUGGCGAGUUCACGCUCAAGGACGACGCUGACAAGAUGGAGGCUGAGGGGGCCGUGGGCGUCGAGACGCCUCUUGCAGUGUUGCCGCCGGUUUGA